CACACACACACAGAUCAACACCUCCCAGCAUGCAGCUUCUCGGUCCCGUCCUCUGUGUCAUCUCAUCUUUUGGUCCCUGUGGACUUGCCCUUCACCUCCUGACUCCUAUAACUCAGGCCUGGCAUGUAGCCAGCGUGCGCCGCUCGGCCCUCUGGGGGAUCUCCCGCUGCAGCCAGGCUUCCUGUGUGUGACGUCACAGCCGAUGAAUCGAAGGAGAACUGCAGCACUUCCUCUCCUCGUCGUGCUUUCACAUGAGAAACCGAACGCCACGACGCCGCGCUGCACUUCCCUCUGGCCACUCAGUCAUGUGUUGGUUUCUGGUCGUAUCCCAGAGGCAGGUUGUAAAUCAAUAGGCUGAACGUGUAUCUUAAAAUAUUAUAUUCCUUUCACUUUUAAUCCUUUGUUAUAGAUUAUUGCGCAACACGCCUCUUUGUCGUCUGCUAAUUGUUUUUCAAUUCCCGUCAUAAGGAUAGUGCUGCCACUCAUCAUCGUUAACAGUUUAAGAGCUUUCUGUUGGCUUCAGAGGCCUCUCAGCAACGAGUUGACAUAAGCACCACCUGAAAGCGUCAGAGAGACCCAGAAAUACAUCAUUUAUUCAACUUUCAGUUUGAAUUGAAGGUGCAUCCGUUCUCCACUUCCAGCAAGUCCAACCACCCAAACCGGUUCGGUGCAUUCCUGCAAGACGUCGACAGCUGACUGCGUCCUCCCGUCCCCGAGUCUCUGGGGACAUGACACAAGCAAAGAGGAACACUUCGAUUUGUUUAUUGUUUCUUUUUUCUAAGUGGAAGGAACAGUGUGACAACAGUGAAGUGUAACUACAAUUGGUGAUGCAUUCAAGUGCAGAAAGGGAACAAGGGAAUCAGCCCACUGUGCAGCAGCAGCUGUGUUGGCCUGUUGUUUGUUUGAGCUGUAAAGGAAUGAGGAAGUCAAUCCAAAAGAAAAGGGAACACAGUCUCUCACAGUCAACAGGUACAGACGGACUCCACCUGUGUCGGUAAGAAGUCUCGGGAGCUUUCAUCUGCAGCGCCUUAUAAUAUUUAUAUCAUAUUAAAACAACCGCACUGCAGCGAUGGAGCCGAUAAUCAGUUAAAUUCAGAGUUGCUGACGCCUGGUGUUGGUGGUUUCCUCUCCUCCUCGGUCCCCAUGGACCUCUCUCUGCUCCUGGCCCCUCUGGCCCCUCGGGCCAUGGACUCCCUGUCCGGGCUGCCGUCUCAGUGCGGCUCCGAGAACAACCUGAAGUUCAUCUGCGAGUUCGAGCGCGGGAAAGCGUCCGGCGACGAGGAGCACGACGUCGGCGUGGUGACGGUCAUCCUCCCGGCGCAGUGCAGCGUCUACCAGCUGCGGCUGCGCAUCUGCAUGCAGGCCCAAGAACAAAAUUGCCACCCAGACCCACUCGCGGUAUUGGACCCGGAGAAGUACAGUCUCCUCUACGCCAGCGGGGACGAGUGGUACGAGGCCUACGACGACUGCCAGGUCAUCAGGACGUUGGACAUCCCGUGGUCACGCGACGCCGCCGGCCACCUGUCGGCGCACAUCGCGGUCAAACCGCCGACGGCGGUCGAUCCGGAGGACAAGAAGAAGCAGCAGCGGAGCCUGGAGUACCUGAUCGGACACGACCUGGAGCGAGAGGCGGCGGACCGACUCGGCGAGCUCACGUUCACCCGCAGGAAGCUGUCCUCUCCGAGGAGACGGGAGCUGAGGGAUCGGGACGCCGAGCUGUACGCCACGGAGCCGUGGGUAACGAGCGCCCCCGUUCCAACCGACCUCCAGAACCAGCUGAACCGCAAGCUGCCCGUCACCUUCCACUACAUGAGCAAGAUCAGCUUCAGCAUCCAGGUGGACUUCAGCGCGACGCCGAGUGUUCUGCUCACGUUCUUCAGGAGGGUGGCGGCGGACGAGGGGCUCGAGUACGACGCCGCGGACCGCCUGGUGCUGAAGGUUUGCGGGAGGGAGGAGUUCUUAUCCGGAGACCACCACCUGAGCGACUUCCUCUGGGUUCGACAGUGCCUGAAGACCAACCAAGAGCUCCACCUGUCCGUGGUGCCCGUGUCGCAGCUCGCGGACGAGACCGUCACGUUCGUGGACUGGCCUCUGGUGGACGCCUCCGGUGGGCAGUUCAGCUCCCACGACGACCUCCGCCUGGAAGGGAAGGACCUGGACGACAUCUUCAUGAUCUCCUUGUGGGACUGCAACCGGAGGCUCCGGGUGAAACUGCUCGGCUUCGACAUCCCGUACCUCCCGAGCAAAUGCCCUCAGAGCGUUUACGUCAAAGCCUCCAUCCUCUACGGCAACAAGGUGCUCUCCUCGGUGUCCUCGCAUCCCAAGGCCUUUGCGGACGAAGUGCUGUGGAACGAGUGGCUGGAAUUCGAUAUUCUCCUCAGGGAUCUGCCACGUGGAGCUAAGCUGGCUUUCACUAUCAAUGCCAGUGGUGGUGACGCCCCCCCAGGAACCAAAGACCCCAAACCUUCAGGAGCCAAAGACUCAAAGUCGUCAAUGCCUUCAGUCAAAAAAGCCCCGGAGCUGCGGAAGGGGAAGGGGAAGGUGCUCUACUUUGUCAAUCUCCUCCUCAUCGACCACAGGUCUGUGCUCAGCCAGGGCCCCUACACCAUGCACAUGUGGCCCUACCCCGACGUGGAGAAAGAGGCCAUCGCCUACCAGGCAGACAAGCUGUCCUCGGCCACCAACCCGGACGUAGCGGACUCCAUGGCGAUCAGCGUCCUCCUGGACCGCUACAGCUUCCCCGUGGUCCUGCCCAACGGCUCCAGCACCUCCGAGUGCUCCGGCAGUCCUUUUUCCAGCCUCACUUUGACCAAAUCUCAGGCAGCCUCCCCGACCUCGCCCUCUUGCAACUCACCCGGCGCAGAUUCUUCCUCUCAGCAAUUUCGACGCCACUCGGUGGCGGACCCCGUCACCCUCAGGUCCCCGUCGCUAGACGCCAAUGGCAGCACGCCGUGCCUCAGGAGGUUCCGGGAGGAAAGCGUCCGCUACGCCUCAAAUCUCGCCCAAUACCUGCGCAGCGUGGAUUGGAUGAACCGCAGAGUGGUGGAGGAUGUCCAUUGGCUGCUGGGCAACUGGGAUCCUGCAGAGCUGGACGUGACGGUGGCCCUGGAGCUGCUCAGCAUGGACUUUGCCGACGGGACGGUCCGGAGACUCGCGGUCCAGAGGUUGGAGAGCCUGUCCAACGACGAUAUACUGAUGUACCUGCUGCAGCUGGUGCAGACCCUCAAAGUGGAGCCGUACCACGACAGCUGCCUCGCUCGCUUCCUCAUCCAACGGGCUCUGAGGAGCAAGCGCAUCGGCCACUUCUUCUUCUGGUACGUGCGCAGUGAGGUGUCGGGCUGCCUGUACUUCCGGGGCGCGCGCGGUGAUCCUGUGCGCGCGUGCCUGCGCGGCGCGGCCCGCGCCGCGACCCGGCUCCGCCAGGCAGGUGCGGCGGCGAGCGUCUGCGCUGUGCCGUCUGACGAUCAAACGAAGACACCGACCCCCCGAGACCCCCCCCCCCACCCCACAGCUCCCCUGAAGCUUCAGGAGCUUCUUAGGAACAGUAAUCUACCCAAUGAAUUCCUGCUGCCCUUUGACCCCCGGAUCAAGGCCGGAUGGAUCCUGCUGGACAAAUGCAAAGUGAUGGCCUCCAAGAAGAAGCCUCUGUGGCUGGAGUUCUCCCCCAUGCCGUCUCCCACCUCGGCCACGCCCGUGGGCAUCAUCUUCAAAGAGGGAGACGACCUGAGGCAGGACAUGCUGAUCAUUCAGACGCUGGUGGUGAUGGAGUCCAUCUGGCAGGAGAAGUCUCUGGACCUGAACCUGGUUCCGUACGGCUGCAUCUCCACAGGACACAACAUAGGGAUGAUCGAGAUCGUGAGGAACGCCGUGACCAUCGCCACCGUCCAGUGGAGCCAGGGAGGAACGUCGGCCGCCUUCAAGAACGACGCUCUGUUUGAGUGGCUCCGGUCCAAAUGUCCUCUGCAGGAAAUACAUUACCGGACCGUGGAGCGCUUCGUGCAGUCGUGCGCCGGCUACUGCGUGGCCACGUACGUGCUCGGCAUCGGCGACCGGCACAACGACAACAUCAUGAUCACAGACCAAGGGAACCUGUUCCACAUCGACUUCGGCCACAUCCUGGGCAACAGGAAGUCCUUCCUCGGCGUGAGCAGGGAGCGCGUGCCGUUCGUCCUCACGCCCGACUUCGUGCACGUCAUGGGCCGCAGCAAGGGGCGCAACAGCCUCUACUUCCAGAAGUUCAAGGACACCUGCAUCCAGGCCUACCUGUCCCUGCGCUGCCACUCCCGCCUGCUGGUCACCCUCUUCUCCCUCAUGCUGCUGACCGGCAUCCCGGAGCUGAGCGCCGCAGAGGACAUCCUCUACCUGCGGGAGGCGCUGCAGGAGGAGCAGAGCGAGGCCGAGGCCAAGGAGCACUUCCUCCAGCAGAUCCUGAGGUGUGAGGAGCAGGGCUGGAAGGUGCAGGCCAACUGGUGGGUCCACAUGGUGGCCGGCGCCAAGUAGACGCUGAGGUCGGGUAUUAAUGCCGAUAUGCGACGUUGUUUUGGCUGUUUCAGUUUGUUUUGAUCGACUCUGAGCACAAAAGAUGCUCUUCAAGGUCACACCUAUAUUGACCUAUUCGGUGUUUUUUCCCUCCGUCCAAUCGAAAAUGAGCUGCAUUGUUAUUUUAUUUAAAUAUAUAAAGCAAAUAAAGUGCACUGUAACAUUAUUGAUUUUACAUAUCAGAGUUUGAAGCUGUUAGGUGAAUAAAAGUUGUAUUAUAAAGCCAGUCAGCUGGAGCUUUUGUAGUCCGCUCCUCAUUUACACUUGAGGCUGCUGUAGGCCCCGUUGCAUUGUGGGUAAUGUAGGCACAAGGUUUUUACAAGGAAGAAGAACGAGGUGGAAUUUUAAAAAGACUACAUCUCUGCUUUUUGCUGCGGUUUAAACUCUUUUUUUUAUAAACAAGAAAACAUUGAAAUUAAUAAACAGACAUUUUUCUUGAAAUUGAUGGCUAGAAGGAGUCCGACUCGCCUUGUGUUGAAUCCUGUUGUACUGCGCUGAAUAAAAACAUCUGACACGUGA